AGAAAGGCCAAAGUUCCCUCCGGGGUGGUGCACAUCAAAGUGGAGCAGCACAAGCCCGAGGAAAGAGAUCUCCCGGGCUGCCACGGGGACAGCGGAGAGCCAGGGGCCCAGUUCAGGUGCUCCCCAGUUCCGUUGGGGGUUAAAGAGGAGGCCCACAGUGCCAUCAAGAGCAAAGGGGACCAUGAAAGGGCCAGCAGAGAAAGGCCGAAUGAGACGAAGGUGCUGGAGAAGAGAGGGAAUGGGAAGGACCCCAGGAGAGGAGAUGCCAUCAAAGUGGAGCUGCCUGACAUGGCCUUUGAGGCCUGCAGGGUGAAGGUGGAAAAGGAUGAGGAGUCCCUGUGUGGACCUGCUUAUGCCAGCACUGAUGACCACAAGGUGCAGCUGCGUGAGGGACCUGGGAUCCGCCCUGAAGAUCUGAAGAUCCCGGUUAUGUUUCAGCCCUUAUCUCCUGUGACCCGGAUGGAGAUCCAAGGCCCUCUGCCUUCUGAGCUGAUCCAUGUGACUCGUGCCGGUGACGCAUGUUUCACCAUGCCAGUGAAACCAGUGCUGCUUAAAAUGCAGUCUUCACUGGAGCCUUCAGUAAAAAUUGAAACCAAAAAUGUUCCCUUCACGGUACUGCCCUCCGAUUCAGGUAUGCCAGAUACUCCAUUCAGUGAGGAUAAAAGUGGCCAUGUAAAGCGUCCAAUGAACGCAUAUCUGGUGUGGGCUAGGAUUCAUCGGCCUGCCUUAGCAAAAGCUAACCCAGCUGCCAAAAAUGCAGAAAUCAGCGUUCAGCUUGGCCUGGAGUGGACCAAACUGACUGAAGAGCAGAAGCAGCCCUAUUACGAUGAAGCUCAGAAAAUAAAACAAAGGCACAGAGAGAAAUUUCCUGGUUGGGUUUAUCAACCACGACCAGGCAAAAAGAAGCGGUUUCCACUGCCCAUCUCUACUGCACCUAAUGGCACUUCUCAGAGUAUCAUCACUACAAAGGCAAUUUUUCCCUUCCAGAAACCUGCUUGCUCUUUUGGCAUCCCCAGCGUUAAGAGCAGUAUUGGACAUCCAGUCUGUGAAGGUCCUUUUGACAUCCGUCUGCCAGCUUUUUCGAUCCAACACACUGGUCCAGAAAAGAGUAAUACUCUUUUCCAGGCUACUAAUGCAAGUGCCACAUCAAUGGUUAUUAAAACUCCGAACCUAUCUCCGAGUCCUGUAAUUUCAUCACAACAAUUUGCUGAACCUACUGAGAGAAAAGCUCUCGAUGUGUCAUCUGGACUCAAUUGCUCUCUGAAGACACCUACACCAGUUUUCAGUGAGAGCUUCAGCAGAAAUCCAAGUAACAUAACCAAUGCUAAUGGCAGAUUUUCUGUCUCUAAUAGUGAGCCUCCAAAGGAGUACCCAGGGGUUUCUAUUUUUCCUAGAGGUGUACCUCAUCCCCAACCUACCCCUUUUCUUCACUCACAUCUCUUUGAGUCUCUUACCAUUGGUCAGCCAGCCAGUGUAUUUGGAGUACCUCCUCGGAUUUUAUUUCACCACCCUUACUUUGUACGUGGACCUCACUAUGUCACCUCAAGUGCACGCCUGUUCAGCCAAUCUCCAUUUGGCUCUGGGAACUUUUCCAGCUCAGUGCCUCAAUUCUGUCAUGAAGGCAGGUACCAAAGACAGGAUGUGAUAUUUUCACCUCUGAAUGGAGAUUAUACUUCCAAGAAAUAUGCAGAAGACAAUACAUGUGAGAACCAGCGCAGCUGUGAGAGCUUAGAGUCGGUGUCCUGUCAAAACAGCGGCAGCAAGGAGCCGCAUUUAAGCGCCCUACCACAGCUGGACAUCAGAACAUUGGAGGAGGUUUUGCCAGCCACCCCACCUUCUCCCUCCAGCACCAACUGUAUUAAUAUAACUGACAUCGACAAGGAAGAAGAUGUAAAGUUGUUGCAAGAAUUGUAA